AUGGGGGAGCCUGCCAAAGCCACGUUCCAGAUCGUGGUCGCUGCCACCCGCCAACUCGGCAUCGGCAAAGGAGGCACCCUGCCCUGGAAACUCCCUGGCGACAUGGCUUACUUUAAGGAGCUCACCUGCCGCACAGCGGACCCCGCCAAGCGGAACGCGGUGAUCAUGGGGCGGAAGACGUGGGAGAGCAUCCCCGCCAAGUUCCGUCCUCUGCCGGGGCGCCUCAACGCGCUGCAGCAGCCCAGCCUGUCCGCGGCGCUGUCCCUGCUCGCCUCACCCGCCUACGCGCCGCGCCUGGAGUCGGUCUUCGUCGUCGGCGGCGGCGAGGUGUACGCCGAGGCCCUGCGCUCGCCCGCGCUGGACGCGGUGCACCUGACGCGCGUGGAGGAGCAGCAGUACCUGGGGCUGGUGCGACGCGUGCUGGCGCACGGCGCGCGCCGCGGCGACCGCACCGGCACGGGAACCCUGGCUCUGUUCGGGGAGGGCAUGCGCUUCAACCUGCGCCACACCUUCCCCCUGCUCACCACCAAGCGCGUCUUCUGGAGGGGCGUGGCUGAGGAGCUGCUCUGGUUUGUCUCCGGCGCGACCAACGCGCGCCUGCUGGCCGACCGCGGCGUGCACAUCUGGGACGGCAACGGGUCGCGCGAGUUCCUGGACGCGCGCGGCCUGGGACACCGCGAGGAGGGCGACCUGGGUCCGGUGUACGGCUUCCAGUGGCGCCACUUUGGCGCGGCCUACGCCGGCAUGCACGCCGACUACCGGGGCCAGGGCGUGGACCAGCUGGCAGACCUCGUGCAACGCAUCAAGACAGACCCCACCGACCGGCGCCUGUUCUUCGUGGCAGACGGCGAGCUGUCGUGCCAGAUGUACCAGCGCUCCGCCGACCUCGGCCUGGGGGUGCCCUUCAACAUCGCAUCCUACGCCCUCCUCACCUGCAUGCUGGCGCAGGUGUGUGGGCUGCAGCGAGGCGACUUUGUGCACGUGCUGGGUGACGCGCACGUGUACUGCAACCAUGUGGAGCCGCUGCGGGAGCAGCUGCUGCGCAGCCCCAAGCACUUCCCGACGCUGAAGAUAAACCCCGAGGUGACCGACAUCGAUGCCUUCACCAUGGCCGACUUUGAGCUGGCAGACUACGAGCCACACAAGAAGAUCGCCAUGGAAAUGGCGGUGUGA